AUACAGGCAUGUCGCAGCUGCAUUUUGCAGCUCUGGAGCUCUCGCAGAGCCAGGACUUUGAGAGUGACUUCGUGCCUCGUGAAGGAGACACUGGGUAUCGGUUUCACCCUGGAGCUGCUGUCCCUUCCAGAGUUGUGGAGAACGAUACUAAAGAUGAUCUGCGUGGGGACAACACGGAGACGCUCCCCAGCACAGAAGCAUGCGCUGCUUUGGAAGGCCAGCCAGAGAAGUCGGAAAGAACUCUACAAGAAGAGGAGGAGCUUACCAGGAAAGAAACGCUUGUCUGUAAGCCCGCUAAAACAGAGAAAUCCCUUGAUUCUGAUUGUGAGGAGUCGGAUAUCUUGUCAACCCAGGAAGAGAUGUUUCCUGAAAAUAAUGCAACAGGGAGCGGCUGUCCCAUAACUGGGGUGGAAGAGGGAAGUUCUUUGGCGUGUACCCCUGCCCGCAGCCUGCAACUCCUGCAGCUCUCUGGACAGGGAUCCCUUGUGCAGGAGACUCAUUCCAUUGUCUCUUCAGGCCAGGUUACUGCUCCUGCUGCCUUUGGAUCCAACGCUCUUGUCCCCAGCAGUCCUACUGAACAGGAGCAAGCAAAAGAGGAACAGAUGGAUGUGUCUGUCCCUGCAGAAGGAAGAGAGCUGGUGCAGAAGGAGAGAGCAGACACGCUGGUGGAGAUGACCAUCCCAUGUACCCCACCAAGACCUCUUGUCCCGCCACAGGCAUCAACUCCGGUGUCCCAGAAUGCCCCGACCUUCUUUCCUGGAUCUUUACCUAUCCCAUCACAGCCAGAGUUCUCUCAUGAUAUCUUUGUUCCAACUCAGAGCCCAGAGGAGAAGCAUGAAGAAGAAGAAAAAGCUGCUGCUUUGACCCAUUUAUGCCUACCAGGAGAUGUCUCUGGACCCAGAGAUGCAUUGUCCAAGGUGUCAUCGGGUGACUCUGUGUCACAGCCUUCUGAGUCCUGUAAGCUGAUGCUUUCUACAAGUGAGUGCAGCGAGCCCACAAAUACAGAGGUCAGCUCUGGCUCUCUGGACGCUGGUCAAGAUAACAAAACCACGCAGGUGGAGGUGGUUUCUGAUUGCAAGGCCUCAAACUUGAGACUCUGCUCUGUGGAGGAUGACAGCAUAAAGUGGAGGCUGGAUGCAGGUGAUCAAACCCUCUCUGAAAACUGUGACAAAGCAAAAAAGGAGGAUUUACAGACUGCAGGAAAGCCUGUAAUGCAGUCAGUUAGUGUGGAUGUAGCAGGAGAGGAAUCAUUUGCCCCUACAGCUCCUCAGGAGAUGGAGCAUGUUCCUGGGAGUCAGGCUGCUGCGGAUCAGUCUGGUCUGCCUGGGCUCUUGUCUGGUGCUCAGGGUAGAGACACACAGUCUGAGGAUCACCCAUUGGAAGGGACUCCUGAACCUGAGGCAGUUCCCGAGACUCAGUGUGAGGAGCAAGAAGAAAAACUGCAAGUAAGAGAGAAGCAAAUAAAUGAAGACGGGUCGCUUGUUAAUGUAAUGCUUUCUCAGAGGCUUAUUCUUGAAAGGGAAGAGCAGAGUCAUGAAGAUAUGGAAGUGGAAUUUGCUGAUGGUUCUUGUGAAACUAGCAAGGAUCUGUCUGAUGAGGCUCAAGAAUUGGAAAAGAUUGGACCAGAAAGCGAGGGAAAAGAAGCUUCAGAAGGUUGUCCUUCUGUCACUGGAGAGGCAAAGAGCAUGGAUAAACCGUCUUCUAAGGCUGCUUCCGAAAACAUGCCAAAGCUCAAUAAAAUUUUAUCUAAGCCUUCUGCAGGGGAGUUACUGGAACAGCACAACGAUUUGUUUCUGAAGUUAAAGAGUGACGUUCCAUCGGAAGUGGUGGUGUGUGCCAAAAGCCACCCAGAUUGUUCAGAAUUAGGACGGAUAACAAUAACGGGGAGUCAGCCACUGCUUCAGGAGAGAGGGGCUGCCGUGCCGGUGCCUCAGGAGAGCCGAGUGCCGAAGGGCGCGGAGGGCACCGUCACGGCAGGGAAUCUGGAGCAAACAGAGCAGGUGCAGCCACAGGAGAAGGCAGCCGCUAAAUCCCCCAGUCCUUGCAGUGGGACCUCGUUUCAUUUUACUUUGCCAAAGGAGGGCGAUGUCAUUCAGCCCCUGACCAGCACAACACCGCCUCUCAUUGGCCAGCUUAAAAUGGGACCCAGAAGACACAGCACCCCAAUUGUGCCUGCGGCCAGUGUCAGGAAGGAUGGGUCCUCUGCUGCUGCCGGCGCUGCUGCCAGCUCCCAGAAAGCAUCGUCUGUGUUUAGUCAUGUCUGUGAAGUUCGUCGAGAGGAUGAGGCCAGAGGUCAUGGUCUUUCCACUUCUCCAUUUAGGGGGCAUCUGUUCAGUUCUCCUGGCACAGAAGAUGAUGCCGAAUUACAUGAAAAUCCCAGUGGUUGGCAGUACCAGCAGCACAAGGCAGGUGGUGGGCAGGUGCAGAUCCCUCAGGGGGUGCAGCAGGAUUGCCAUCAGCAGUCUCCUGCUGCAGAGGAUGGGCAGGCUGUGGAGAGCGGUGUUGUAAGCACUCGGGCAGAAGAAGGGAGAAGAAUGCACAAGAAGCCAAGUAAGGCUAUUGGACUUGACGAAAGCCGAGAAAGGUGGGCAAACACCAAGAAUAAAGGGAUUCAAACCACCACAGACUGUUUUUUUAUUCCAACAACUGUUACAACAGCAACACAAACGUCAGAAGAAAUCUGCAGACAAGUGGAAGUGGGAACCAGUAUGUCUGGGCAAAGACCUGGGCGACGAGAUGCGCACGUCCAGACUGAGGAGAGUGGGGAGAAGCUCGUGAACGCCUCUGGAGAGGACACGGACUCUCUGCACAGUCAGGGAGAGGAGGAGUUUAACCUUCUUCACCCACCCAAAGGCCGAGUUCAUCAUCGCCACACGCGAACCAUUCGAGAAGUGCACACUUCUGUUACACGUGUUAUAACAGACGUUUACUACAUAAAUGGUGUAGAGGUGGAACGGAAGGUAGUUGAGGAAACUGAGGAGCCUGUAGUGGAGUGCCAGGAGUGCGAGGCUGACACCUCCUCCUCCAGAACGGCAGGGGGCUCCUCACUGACCUCGGGGGACCUGGGCGAUGUCAGCUCCUUCUCGUCGAAGGCCUCCAGCCUGCACCGUACGUCCGGGGGAGCAAGCAGUGGUCACUCUGCCACACACAGCAGCAGCAGCAACAGCUCAGGGCGAGGAACUGGAGCUGUCAAAGGGAAAGUGUGUGGGACAGAAACUGGAGAGUUUGCUUUACCCACCGGCAGAGGCGUCUUAGGAAAAUUAAGCCCUAGGAAAGGAGCUGGUCAGCCAGUGUCUCCACUCAGAGUCAGCCAGACCGGAGCGCUGCCUUGUGAGGAAGAGGAGGAUUCUACGCCUGGCACCCGUCACGGUGGCAGAGGACCUGUGACACCUCGUGGGCGAGGGAGAAGAGGCCGCCCACCAUCUCGAACAACAGGAACAAGAGAUGUAGCUGGACUGCCAGGUGUGGAGGAUCUCUCAACUACAGCAUCACCUGAGGAGAAAUCAUUUAUUCGUUCAGUUCGUGUGCCGGACGGAGGGGAGAAGUCUGAUGCUUCUCGGUUCUGUGCCUUACGUCGAAGUGACUCUCCAGAAAUCCCAUUACAAGUGUGUGGAGCUUUGGACUGUGCAGACUCAUCCUCUGGGAGCAGCUUUGUGGGCCUCAGGGUUGUAGCAAAGUGGUCCUCCAAUGGGUACUUCUAUUCUGGGAUGAUUACCCAGGAUGUUGGGGCAGGGAAGUACAAGCUGCUCUUCGAUGAUGGCUAUGAAUGUGACGUGCUAGGAAAAGAUAUCUUACUCUGUGAUCCUAUCCCACUGGAGACGGAGGUGACCGCUCUCUCGGAGGACGAGUACUUCAGUGCAGGGGUGGUGAAGGGGCACCGGAAGGAGUCUGGAGAGCUGUACUAUUGCAUUGAGAAGGAAGGCCAGAGGAAGUGGUACAAACGAAUGGCUGUUAUCCUGUCUCUGGAACAAGGAAAUAAGCUCCGGGAGCAGUUUGGGCUCGGUCCUUACGAACCCGUCACCCCCCUGACCAAAGCAGCUGACAUCAGUCUCGAUAAUCUUGUGGAGGGGAAGCGGAAGCGACGUGGCAAUCUUGGUUCUCCCAGCACUUCCAGCAGCAGCACAACUCCCACUCGGAAAGGGCAGGAGAGCCCCCGCAUCACAGCAGGAACACUGUCUGGGAAAAGGAAACUCAUGACCUUUGAGGAUGAGAGAUCCCCAGCUAAACGUAGCCGCAAGUCAGCAAUUAUAAAGCCUGGGGCUGUGAGAGCUGGAGAGUUUGUAAGCGCCUGUGAGGGUGCAGAUGCUGUCGAUCCCCCGGCGCUGGAGAACCAUCAUGGACCCUUGCCCCACAAUAAGACCCUCUUUUUGGGCUAUGCCUUUCUCCUCACCAUGGCAACGCCCAGUGACAAAUGGGGCAAUCACCAGAAGCCGUCAGAUGGUCCCACAGGGAGCAGUGAGGAGGAGGACGACUUUUUAGAGAUUACUCCAUAUGACAAACAUUACAUAGCACAGCAGCUGCGAGCAGGAGCUGGCUACAUCCUGGAAGACUUCAAUGAAACCCAGUGUAGCGCAGCAUUUCAGUGUCUUUUAAUUGCGGACCAGCAUUGUCGAACUCGGAAAUACCUGCUGUGCCUUGCCAGAGGGAUCCCUUGUGUGUCUCACAUCUGGGUCCACGAUAGCUGUCACGCGAACCAGCUUCAGAACUAUCGGAAUUACCUCUUGCCAGCUGGUUACAGCCUGCAGGAGCAAAAGUUGCUAGAAUGGCACCCACGAGAAAACCCAUUCCAUAACCUGAAGGUUCUCCUGGUGUCAGACGAGCAGCAGAACUUCCUGGAUCUGUGGUCAGAAAUCCUCAUGACGGGGGGAGCAGCCUCUGUCAAACAGCAUUACUCAAACGCUCACAACAAAGAUGUUGCUCUGGGUGUUUAUGAUGUGGUGGUGACCGAUUUUUCCUGCCCCGCUGGUGUCUUGAAGUGCGCAGAAGCUUUACGGCUGCCCGUUGUCUCACAGGAGUGGGUGAUCCAGAGCCUUAUUGCUGGGGAGAGAGUAGGCUACAAGCAUCCAAAAUACAAACACGACUAUGUCCCCCACUGAAGGAAUACUUUUCCCUGCUCUCCCACUGUUGUGCAGACUGUGUUUUAAUCAGGUUUUAAAUGUUUGUGUACUUGGACAGUGUGCAUGGAUUACUGUAUAUAGUUUUAUCUGCUGGGCUUUUAUGAUGAAAUAAAUGUUCAAUCUCUUGUGGU